AAUUCCAGGUUGCCAUAGGACAAAAAUAAAACAAUAACACCAUGCGGGUGUGCAGUACAUUUGCAUUAAAUUCCAAGUGGAAAAUUACCACACAAAGAAAACAAUGUGCCUAAGUGCUAUUCAAUCUUACAGAAAAAUGAAUUGCUGUCGAAUUUUGGGGAGUGCAGGUGGUGUCGGAAUCGUGCAGAAGACCCAUAAGCGGUCAGGGUGUUGGAGUGUGGGCAGGCGUGGCAAUGGGCUGGGCCAGGCGCACUCAACGAUGAAAAACAGCGGGGAUAUACAGCAGGCGGCCGCGGUAUAGGAAGACAACGGAAUAACCUAGGGCUAUAAACAUCGUUGCAUUUUAAUUAUAGCAGAUUCUGUUGUUUGGGUUUUAAGUCCUAAGGCAGAGGGUGUGACGCGCAUCCACAAAAGAAAAUCCGCAGAGAAUGCACUGAGCUCUUCCCACUCAUCGUCCUGUGGCACCCCCUUGUGAGCAGUAGAAGAUGAGCACCUCGCCCAACCCUAAGGGCACGCCUGUGCAGUGGAGCCCCAUUGAUGGGGCCCCUAGUGAUAGGGUCCCCGAGGCCCUGGUGUCUCCACAACACUCCACACCCGGCUCCUCUGAGCCCCAACACAAGAAACGGGUCUCCAGCCUCCUGCAGAGCCCGUCUUUCCGGGAGGAGCUGGAUGUUCUGAUCCAGGAACAGAUGAAGAAGGGAGGCAGCAGCUCUAACCUCUGGGCUCUGAGGCAGAUAGCUGACUACAUGGCCUCUCAAGGCUCCCCUGCCGCCUUAUCUACCUCCCCCUCCAGUACAGGCAUGACGAUGGUGACGCCCAUCAAUGACCUGCAUGGCUCGGAGCCCAGCAGCAUGGUGAAGGGAGAGAGGCUGAUGCGCUGUAAACUGGCCAGUGUCCACCGCCUUCUGGACCUCUACGGCUGGGCCCAGCUCAGCCACACCUGCCUCACCCUGCGUGUCAGUAAGGAACAGGAGCACUUCCUGGUUCCGCCCAAUGGCUUGGCCUAUGGUGAGGUCACUGCCUCUAGCCUGGUGAAGGUGAACAUCCUGGGGGAGGUGGUGGAGAGGGGCAGCACCCCCUUGGGGGUAGACCUGGGUUCCUUCAGCCUUCACUCAGCCAUUUACUCCACCCGGCCAGACGUACGCUGUCUGAUGCAUCUCCACACCCCCGCCACUACCGCUGUGUCAGCCAUGAAGUGUGGCCUCCUGCCGUUGUCCCAUGAGGCUUUGCUGGUGGGUGAGGUAGCGUACUACGACUACAACAGGUUGAUGGAGAACGAGGAGGACAGAGUGGAGCUCCAGAAGAGCCUGGGGCCCACCUGUAAGGUGCUGGUGCUUCGAAACCAUGGUAUCGUGGCCCUGGGGGAGUCAGUGGAAGAGGCUUUCUACACCAUCUACCACAUCCAGGCUGCCUGUCAGAUCCAGGUGUCAGCAUUGUGCAGCGCUGGAGGGGAGCAGAACCUGAUCAUGCUGGACCGCUCCAUCCACAAACCCAUUUCUGCAGGCACCGUGGGCUGGGCCGGGUCUACCUUCGGCCCCCUGACCAAGAGUCGACUCGGGGAGCACGAGUUUGAGGCUCUCAUGAGGACCCUGGACAACCUGGGUUACCGUACCGGCUACGCCUACCGCUGCCCCGUGCUGCUGGAGCGCUCUCGGACACGGAGAGAGGUGGAGGUACCCGCCACAGUCCACUCCUUCCAGUUUGAGGAGGAGGGGGUGCACCCGUUACCCCGCCUGCACCCCUACGCCCAGCGGCAGCAACAGGCGAAGACACGCUGGCUCAACACCCCCAACUCCUACCUGAGGGUAAACCAGGACCAAGCCAGCCCCGGACACCAGCACACCACAUGGCUGAAGACAGAGGAGAUGCAACAAGGUAGUGGAGCCAUCAAGAUUGAGAACUCAAAUCAGUUUGUUCCUCUUUUUACCAACCCUCAAGAGGUGCUGGAAACACGAAAUAAGAUCAGGCAGCAGAACCGGCAGGACAUGAAAACAGCAGGACCCCAGUCCCAAGUACUAGCCGGUGUCAUAACGGAUGAUAGUCUUCCGGGUGCUGGACCUUUGGGGGCAGGGCCCGGCGACCAAGCUACAGUAUAUUGUGUGCAAUCUCCAGACCCAGUAGAACUUGCAAAACUUGAGCCGGAGACCCCCAACCCAUUUAACCAGCUGACAGACAAGGAGCUGGAGGAGUACCGCAAGGAGGUGCAGAGGAAAGCAGAAGGUCACACAGAUGUAGGGGAUGAGGUGGAGAACGAGAAGGAGUCUCCCCCAGCUACCUCCCCCACCAACAACCCUCACCCCUGCAAUCCUCCACCCUCAGAUGAGACUAAGACAGCCUCUACGGCAGUGCAGAACGGGAAAGAAGAGGAGGAGAAGCAGACCACGGCGGAGCUGGAGAAAGGGAUGAAGGCUUUGUCUACCAACGACACUUCUACACCCCCAGCUGUGCCACCCGCUAAACUGCCCAGCAACACCCCUGAGGGAUCCCCCUCCAAGUCCCCCUCUAAGAAGAAAAAGAAGUUCAAGGCCCCCUCAUUUCUAAAGAAGAGCAAGAAGAAAGAGCAGAAAGAGAAAGCUGAAACUUGAGGGGACAUGUAAAAUGCUUCUGACACAAACCACUCCAUUUCUAGCCACAUACACAGAGGCAAACACACUCACUCAAGUUUCCUAAAUGUAUGGUUCAGUCCCUCUCAUCACGUCUUUGUGUCCACUUGCUUCUAUCUAUACUAUCAAACAAUUUGUUAAAACAUUACUUGUUUUUGCGCAUAAGAUUUAGAAGUAAUUCUAAUUCUAUGUUUUUUUUGCAGUAUUGUUUCUCUACAACUCACAAAUGAUCAUGAAACAAUCCACAACAAUGCAAAAGGAAAUAGAAUCAACAACACUCCAACUGAAUUAUGCACCCCUUAUUUAUGAUGAGAAGUAAUGCACUUGACACGUAUGCAUAUAAACCAAUGUUGCAUUGAAGCAUCCUCAUAGGCACCCCCUGGUCUUGUCAUAUUUAUUUGUUUUUAAUAGUCAGAUGAAGGUCACAGGUAUGUACAGUAAUGCGAGCACAGGUGCAGUGCAUGUAGAAUUAUGCAGGUAUAAUAAUGUGCUCUUUUUGGCAGAAGUCUUGUUCCAUUUAAACAGACUAUUCAAGUCAUAGACAGCAGGGGAAAAAAGAAAAUAAAUACUUAAAAAAUGUAAUUCCCAACAUUAAACUGGAAGCUAUAAAUGGCACUAAUACCAAGCAAGGAUAUGAUAUACGCAUUAUGGAAUAAACUUGUUUCUUGAUGUUGCAAACUGAAGCCCAACUAAAAGGCACUAAACAUUCCACUUAUCCCCAAAAUUGUAUUUGAAAUAUGUGUACAAAAUACGUCUUUACAGCUGUAAUUAUUUUUAUGAUCAGUAGCUGUUAUCUAAAUGCUGAUGUGUGAUAUCUUUUUUUAAUGUAUUAUUUCAUAUUAGAAUGUAAAGUGUAAAUUUCCAAGGUUAAAAUGUACCAGUCAUUAAAUAUUAAGUUGAUUUCAA